AUGGUCGCAUACCCGGACCCUCAACCGGGAGCUUCCCUCCUCCUGGCCCUCUCAGCCCCUAUCGCCUCCAGCUCAAGCACCACCCCCACGCCUUCGCACGAUACGCUCCUCCUCCUCUCCCCUUCACGCAUCUCGGCACUGCGAGCCUUCGCGGCUUUGGAAGCAGGCUACCGUAUCGUUGUCGGUGCUUCGGCCACUCAUCAAUGGGAUGCCGAACUCGCGUGGCGCAAGGACCAAGGACAGAUUGAGACGAUCGAAUGGAACAUUCCUUUUGAUGCCGAUGAAUCUGCCUGGAGUCAUUGGUUCGAUAACGUAUUACCAACGUCCAUCUCUUCCCGAUGCCUCCUCGUCGUUCUCGGCGACACAAUGACCACCACUUCGGCAGCUCAAUCUUCAUCGUCCCGACGACGAAGUUUCUCCUCGGCCCGAGCGUUCAAACGGAUCGCGAACGAACGACGUUACCUCGUCAACAUCGCCGAUGCACCUACCCUUUCCGACUUUACGUGGCCGACGACGCAUCGAUUCCCGCUCGAUAGUGCCGCGCCAUCAUCGGCCAAGUCGCCUCUACAACUCGCUUUGACGACUAAUUCUUCGGCCUGUCGCUUGGCGACGAGGUUGAGAAGAGAGGUCGUCGCGACGUUACCAAGCAAUGUUGGAGCGGGCGUUUUGGCCAUCUCCAAGUUGAGGGCGUCUUUGGCCAGCUCGAUGGGAGGGAGUGAAAUCGCUUGGGAGAAAGGGGAUAGUGAGGAAGUCGAACUCGCGGGUGUGAGGUUCAAUCGACCUGUCGCUCAACUCACCAGGGAGAAGAGUAAAGAACUGGAUCGGCUUUCGUUGGUCGAUUCGACGCAGGGAGUUGAGGCGGCGGCGUUGGAGCCGCAAUUGAGAUCCAUUAGUCAGUGCAGAGGACGAGCGAGGAGGGAGUCCAAGGGCGAAGAAGAGAGCACAACGAGCAGGAGGUACGUCCAGUGUGUGUUCAGUCGAGUUCAUGGGUUCAGUUGGCUCACUAGACUGGGCAAUCUGCAGCAACUCUUCCGUGUCGGCAGCCUCGACAGCCGCUACAUCGACCAUCUUAUCUACACAAGCAUGGACCGCUGCAGAGGCCCAGAGGACACGAAUGCGCUAUGUCGCUCAACUGAGCGAAUACUGGCCACUCGAUCGUCUUGCUACAGUCACGCUCUCGUCCCUGUCAUCGCCUUCGACACCUCUCGCAUCGACCCCACCUGAAUCCGAGACGUUACUAGCGAACCCUUCCCAGCACUCGCUAUUGCUUGAACCCCCGACGCGAGGCAAAGGCCGCAUCAUCCUCCUCGGCACGGGCCCCGGUUCCCCUCUACUCCUCACUCGUCUCGCGCACCUCCUUCUCACUUCCCCACCUGGUUCGCCAUACCACGUCGACGUGUUCCUCUCCGACAAGCUCGUUCCCUCGGAAAUCCUAGCCCUGAUUCCUUCCCCGGCACGAGAAGGCGUGGUCAUCGCUCGUAAAUACCCCGGGAACGCCGAGCAUGCCCAAGAUGAACUCAUGCGUCUCGCAGUCGAAGGUGCCAAAGCAGGCAAGACGGUCCUCCGCCUCAAGCAAGGUGAUCCCUUUUUGUAUGGUCGAGGGGGGGAAGAAGUCCUACAUUUCCGUCAUGCGGGGUUCGAACCCGUUGUUGUGCCGGGCCUUUCGUCAUGUUUGGCCGGACCGACGAUCAAUGGAAUCCCUGUGACGCAACGAGGUGUCGCGGAGACGAUGGUAGUUUCCACGGGUGUUGGAAGGGGCGGAAGGGAACUCGGUGUUGAGCCUUAUGAAAGGGCCAAGACACUCGUCGUACUCAUGGGAGUUGCACGAUUGGACUCGCUCGUCGAAGCUCUACUCACCCAUAAGGAAGCCGCCUACCCACCUUACCUCCCUAUCGCGUUGAUUGAACGAGCAAGUUCACCGGAUCAACGCGUCGUUUGUGCGACGAUCGAAAGUCUCUCGGACGUGUUGAAGAGGUUGAGUCCGCAUCGACCGCCGGGGAUGUUGGUCAUUGGGUGGGGGGUGAUGUGCCUUGAAGGGACGGAGGGGAAGGGAGACAUGACGGUGUUAGAUGCUUUGGCUGAUGAGGCGACGGACCGCAAAAGAGUUGAGGGGUGGUUGGGCGAUAAUGGGUAUAGGGUUAGGGAGGGAUUGGGAGAGGGCUGGAGGGCUUUGACGGAGGGGAGAGUGCUUUGA